AUGCCGUCCGCAGAAAGCACGAGGACCCAGAUACGGCUAGGUUGCCCGAGCCUAGACAGGAACAGUCGGGUUCAAACCAAGGACCUUCCGGUCGCGCAGUGUAAACCGCAACGCAUUCAAUCAAUCAAUCAAUUUAUCAGCUAUAAACCGUGUGCCAUAGGCACAUUCGAUCCAGCUGCUACAGGUUCGAUCACCGGAAAACAGAAAAGUGAAACACACAACCAAGCCUUGAAGGCGAAUGAAUGUUGA